AUGGCCCAGUUGACUAACGAGUGCUUGCUAGGACAAAUCACAACCAAGGAGCUGGGCACAGUCAUGCGUUCUCUCGGCCAAAACCCUUCCGAAUCUGAGUUACAGGACAUGAUCAACGAGGUCGAUGCCGACAACAACGGCACGAUUGAUUUCCCUGAGUUCUUGACCAUGAUGGCCCGCAAGAUGAAAGACACCGACUCGGAGGAGGAAAUCCGUGAAGCCUUCAAGGUCUUUGACCGCGAUAAUAAUGGUUUCAUCUCCGCUGCCGAACUGCGCCACGUCAUGACCUCUAUCGGUGAGAAAUUGACCGACGAUGAAGUCGACGAGAUGAUCCGCGAGGCCGACCAAGACGGCGAUGGAAGAAUCGACUACAACGAAUUCGUCCAGCUCAUGAUGCAGAAAUAG